AUGGGAGAGGCACCAGGACAGUAUUUGAAGAAAGGAGCGGAGGUCGAGAUAAGCAGCGAUAAGGAGGGCUUUUGCGGCACCUGGUAUGCCGGGACCGUCAUUCGGCCAAUGUCGAAGAAGAACUUGACCAUUAUGGUGGUGUACAAGAGCCUGAUGGCCGAUGAGGAGGGGUCAGAGCUGUUGCAGGAGCUGGUGGAUUUGGUGCAGCUGCGGCCGCCUCCGCUGCGUGAGCUCGGCCGUGGGUUCAAUUUUAGCGAGGAGGUCGACGCGUUCCACAAUGACGGGUGGUGGGAGGGCGUGGUCACCGAAGUGUUGGACGGAGGGAGGUGCUCCAUUUUUUUUCGUGGGUUGAGGGAGCAGAUGGAUUUUGCGACCACGAAUCUAAGGCUUCAUCGCGAAUGGGUCACUAGCAAGUGGGUUCUGCCUUUGGAAGAAGAGAAUGUUCUAAUUGAAAGCAGUGAUUUGGACAAGAUUCGGCCAGAUUAUGGAGCUAAUUUAGUUAUUUGUACACAAGAUGAGUUGUUCUCAAUUUGCAUUCCAUUUCAAGAGAUUGGGGGAGCAAAGGAAGGGGGUGAAGUCGGUGGUAGCGCUAAAGUCUAUGGUGGGUGCGACAGAGGAAGAUGGGUUGAAGCUGAUUUGGGGAAGACAAAGGUUUCUAUGAUGUCUUCUACAUUUUUUGGAUCGAUGGGUUCAGAAAUUCACGGCAAUCCAUUGACGGUUUUGUUUCCGAGUGGAGGGGCGGGACUUGAGAUUGAGUUUAGGGAUAAUACUGCCAACGCUGGAGGCAGUAGUAGCGAGGGAGUUGCCCAUGAGGGUGGUAGUGACUCUAUUGUAGCGUUCUGGGACUUCGCCCAGUAG